AAUCGCGUUUCUCAUUUUUGGCCCCACCGGGCUACUGUACUCCGGCAAUCACUGAUAGCACAAGCGACAGUAUCCGACUAACUUACACCUCCACGAACAGGUGAAAGUCUUCAAUAGCAACUGUCCCGUUGAGUUUUCCUUCCCGAGACAAAAAUGGCAUCGUCUGCAAUGAUCACCGUCCCCACCACCGCCUCCCGCUUCGCCCUGCUCCAGAUAGACUCUGAUUCGGACUCCGAUGGCUCCGAUGCGGGGAAGACCAAAACGGGGCGCGACGGUAAGCCUCGGGCGGGGAAGGCAGGAGCCGCCGGGGGCAAAGCGGCUCCGUGCAACGACAAGAAGAAGGACAAGAAGAAGAAGAGGAGGGAGCAGCAGCAGACCGAGGCGAACGAGCUACGCAAUCUGGCCUUCAAGAAGAUUCCUCAGAAGUCUGGUGGCCAGCCUCCCCUGAUGACACUGUCAGGAAUAGCCGGUGAACUUCUCAGUCCUGCAGCAGCGGGCCACAAGAUGCCUGCGGAGGGGUGGCAGCAGUGGAAGCGGCGGGAUGAGCAGAUAACCUCUGAGCUGUAUGAGGCCGACCUGGAAAAGGCUUUGAUCUUAAGUAAACUGGAGUUUGAACAAAACAAACCGCCCAACAACAACACAAACUCAUCCUCGCCAAAGUCUAGAGGAGGAAAAGAGGGUGGAGGGAAAAAGGACAAAAAGAAGAGUCAGCAGGCGAAAGACAAAAAGACAGUUUCACUGCAGGACUUCCAGGCCGAGGGCAGUGCAGAACAUUUGAGUAAGAAACAAGAGAAAGAGGACGCCAGAGUGGCGAACCUAGCGUUGGGGGUCGGGCAGGAGGAGCGUUUUUUCAACAAGCUGGAGGAUGACGUCACUCGGAUCAUCCAGCAGGAGAAGAGGCGCGAGCAGUACACCAACAGCCACGGACAGGAAGUCACCAGCACGACAGAACACGAACCGGAUCCCCGAGCAGAGCAACUAAAGUACGAUCUGGAGAAGAAAGACCAGGAAAUUGACAAACUAAAGAAGAACAUCUCUCAGUGGGAGGGGAAAUACAAAGAGGUAAAGGCAAGAAAUUCCCAGCUGCUUAAGAUGCUCCAGCAGGGAGAGAUGAAAGAUAAAGCAGAACUCUUACUUCAGGUCGAGGAGCUACUACACAUAAAAGAAGAACUGUCAUUACAGGUCGCAUCACUACACGGUGCCCUUGAACAAGAACGGUCUAAAGUCAAAGGUCUGCAAUCAGAACAACCAAAACAUCAGGGAAACAAGAAAGGGAAGCGAGGCCCAGAGGUGGAUCUCUGAAGGGCUCAGAUGGCCUUCAAAGUAAAAUGAGUAAACAAAUGAAGGAAAGCAUUGCUGAUCAUAACCACGGUUCUCCCACUGAUCUUACUUUUUUUUCCAGGCUCCAUGUCAGCAUAUAAUGCAUGCCCCCAAAAUUAAACACACACAUGGAAUACACCCCAGAGACAGCAGGAUGUAUUACACAGCGGAACAAAUAUUGCAGAUGUUUUUUAAAAUGAUUACCUUUAAACUUUGUGUUGAAAUGGUGGCCUGGCAGGAGGUGCUGCCCUCUGCAGGCACGCACAACUCUUUUGUGUGUUGUCUACUGCCAAAAUGUUUGGUUUCUUCUUUUUUUUUUUUUUCUUUCUCACUGUUGAGGUAAAUAAAAUACAUUUUCAGUGAAA